AAAAGAAAAAGAAAAACGGGAUCUUCGGGACAGGAGUCUAUCGCCGUCCGAUUGCUAGAAUUCUGAUCGCUAACACAAACCCUAGCGCACAACAACUCAUACAUAUCCGCGCCGCCGGCACCUGGCAGUUGCCACAUCGCCAUCUACCGGUCUCUCCGCGCCACCGGCAGCGACGCAGCGUCUCGCCGAUCCAUCACGCAAUUGCAAUUUCGCACGGGGCCCCGGAUUUUGCCGGCCCGGCCCUGCCUCAUCCGACGUGUAGCUCCGCGAGAUGAUCUGAUCCGCGCGGACGGAUGGCAUGCAUCUACGGUUGACGUAGAGAGUUGUAUUGUAUAGGACAUCUUUGUUCCUCGGAGACUCCGUGCAUCAGACUCGAACAAAUCUGCCUCCUACCCCGUCUUCUCCCCUCUGACCCUUCUUCCUUGGCCGCCAUGGACGAUUUGCCGCACUGCACCUGCGAGAAGACUCAGUGCCUCCAGCGCUACUGCCAUUGCUUCGAGGCCUGGGUGUUCUGCGACGAGGGGUGCUCCUGCCAGGGCUGCCGCAACACAGAGGACAACUCCGACGAGGUAGAUGAGCGCGCAGAGUGCAUCAUGAAGAAGAAACCCGACGCCUUCAAGCCCAAGAUCAUCGCCGGCGAUGGGCCUGGGCUGCAACAGCAGCAGCAGCAAGCAGCAGGGGUGCACGUCAAGGGAUGCAACUGCCACAAUUCUGAAUGCAAGAAGCUCUACUGCGAGUGCUUCAAGCAUGGCGUCGGGUGCAGCGACAAGUGCCAGUGCACAGGGUGCGGCAACACCUUCGGAGUGAAAGGCGCGGCUCAACAAGCACAUAGUGACAGUCCUGAAGGAACAUCUGGCGGCUCCGGUGAAACACUUGCCCGUUCGAAUGGAUCGUCCGCAAUCAUCAACGACGACAUGGCUUCUCAGUUGACAGAAACAAGCAUCAUGGAUGAUAUCCACAUCCCAGCGAAUUGAGUCACAUGGAUGUUGAUCUUGGUCCACCAACUCAAGCCCUGGGUGACGGCGGCCUCGAGGACAUCAUCUUCUAUUCAGACUUUCAGCACAAUAUUGAUCCCCAAGCACAUCAUUGGUUGGUGCAGCAGGCCGAUGCAUCGCUGAGCAAUGACGCAAACUCCCUACUAGAUCAGGGCCCUUCAAAAACUGACACUUGUGAUCUUCUCCACCAUGGUAGCCAGAUCAACAAACUCGGUGGAAUUUGAUCUUGAUGAAGCUGAUGAUCAACUUAAAACCAUACUCCACUUGAGUAUUGUGAUGCUGAUACAUACAGCUCGCCUAGUUUGAGAUUUGCUCAGUGUAGUUUAUUAUCUUCCAAAUAGCCGCAAAUAAUUUCCCUGAGAA